UCAUGUGAUUCCAAAUUUUGUGUCUAUUUGGUCCUAAAGUUUUUAAUUUGUUUUUUUGGUUCCUAAAAUUCAUAUUUUGUGUCUAUUUAGUCUUAUGUGAUUGACGCAGGCGUCAACGAGUUUUUUAUGGAUGUUUUAGAUUGGAUCAUAUAAAUAUAAAUUUAAAAUCUUAAGGACCAAAUAGACACUACACGCAUAUUUUAGAGACUAAAAAUGUAUCUUAUCCAUGAAAUUAUAUCUUUCUCGGUUUUUUUUGACUAAGAUCAAGGGUAGAAAUUAUAUCCCAAUUUAUUUAAUUAAUUAACCAAGAGUGAUUACUUCAUGGCUUUCAAUGGAAUGUUGGAGGCAAGUCUAACUAUGAUCUUUGUCUUUGAUAUGUUUUUGGGCUAGUUUCAAUGGAACAGUACUCUCGGGUUGCUUCCUCAACAUUUGUUCUCAAGGUAAAUAUCAGCUGCCGUGGAUGUGAGACACACAUCGAAAAAGUGCUGCAAAAAAUUCCCGGAGUAUGCCCUGAUUCAACGGUGAUAGAUGCAGAGAAAGGAAGAGUUACUGUUUCAGGCUUUGUAGACCCUCAAACCGUAAUAAGGGAGCUUAGCAAUGCUGGGAAAAUAGCAGAGCUCUUGCAGAUUGUUUCACAGUCAGAAGUGCAUGUCAAAAUUCCAUGGGGCCAAGUUGUUUUCGUUGACCCAGUUCGCUUGUUGGCAAAUAAUCUGGGGCAGAUCCUGAAUAAUAUUGAACGCUUGAAGGAAGUGGAGGUGACCCGUGACAGUGUGAAGAUGUCUUUCUACGAUGAGUCAAGUGGUGGAAACAGGAAAGAUGGUGGUAGAUCUCGUGGCAGUGGUGGUGGUUGA